AAACCGAGCUUUCAUCGCGGUCGCGGUCUGAUUCACGCAGUGUACCUUAAACUCGGCCACGAUCCUCACCCGAGACCUGGUGGCGGAGGAAGUAGCAGUAGCCCUGGCCGUGCUCCAUGGCAAAUGAAAAGUGACCUACAGCGACUCCAGACCGGCCAUCAAAGCCUUCGAACGUGGCGUGGUCUCCGACCAGGCGUUACGCAUGCUCCAUAGCGCGGAUCCGAGCACCCUCAAGCACCUCACUGUCAUCUGAUUCCCCGUCCAUCUCGGUCGGGUGCCGGGCGCCCCGCCCAGCCCCAACGAGAACGCCCACGACGCAGCGCGAGCGCUUACCGACCGCGCCGUCCCUGGGCAACCCCCUCUCGCCGAGCUAGAGGACAACCGGGAUGCACUCAUUACGUACAGCGAAAUCACAAAACACUCCUACCUUGGGCGCCGUAUCUUUUCGCCAUCACACCUCAAACUUAACAGGCCGCAGGCGCUAACACUACGCUGGUUAGAGAGGCACAUGUACCCAAACCCCGCCCAAUUACACGUUUUCUAUCCCGACGCGUAACCCCAGCUCCACGUGAUUCUCAGACACGGCGACACUCGCACAUAUGCUCUGGGAGUGUAAAAACGCUCAUCCCGUCUCUACCUUGGACAAGUGGGAAAAGUCCCUCUGAAGCUCACUGCUCGCCGACCAGCAAUGGGCCAUCCAGCAGGCCCGCGAAGCGGCCGCCAGGUACUCCCUGUCGGUCCCUACACGGGAGACGCCUGAUACGCUUACCACGUCUUACUUGACCAUAAGUAAGUUUUACAGUCCAGUAAUGCAGGCUGGGAAAUCAAUAUGUUUUCCAAUCUUCUAAUAAGAGAGUCACACAUACUUGGGAAUGUUAGCACCGCCAGUAAACGAAAUCUGCGUAAUAUUGAGGGCAACGUGGCUUCUUGAUCUAAUACGUUAUUGUCAACAAAUUUCUGUAGACCGCAUCUCAAUCGCAGGGCUUCCCGUUCAAGUAGAACAAAGGGGCUUAAUUUAUAAGCUAGCGCUCCAGACAAUAGUACACAUCCAAAUUCUAAAAUUGGCCGCACAUACAUUUCGUACAUAAUCAGAAGUGGCUCACUCCGCACCCCCGACCGACUGUUGCAUAGCUUGCGUAGAUGAUGAUUAUGACGACGACGACGGCGUGGAUGUGUUUGGCACAUACCCACUCAAGGGGAUUGGCCAAGAGUCGGGGAAAUUUUACACAUGUCUUAAGGUAAUAAAUAUAAAAAUAUUGAAUUCUGAUGAUUAAACUGAAGCGGGGAACGUUCAAAACGAUUUAGUAGACAGUCAUAAAAAAAAGAAAUUUGUAUAUAAUAUAAAUGCUUUCGUAGCAUCGCCGCAAAUUAAUGUUUUAUUCCCCUCUUUUUCUUCUACUGUGAAAAAGUCGUGUGGGUUUCCUUUGUAGCUUUGUGCGAUACAGUGGGAUGGAUAACAAUUUCUUCCUUUCAUAGCCCCAGGGAUGACUUUGAGGCUGUGUGCAGUCUCCGUCAAGCUACAAAUCAACUCCUACAUUAAUUUGUUUUUAUUCUUCCCUGUGAGUACUCUGUUUCUUACAAAUUGCUUAAAUUUGCAGUUUCUGUUUACGUUUAAUCUAUUCUCGCUGUUUGUUUUUCCUGAUUAUUCAGUUAUGAAUCAGCCUUUCUUUCCCAAACAUUCUUUCUUAGUAGUAUUGUUUAAAUUCCUGCGAUAAUUUUGCUGUCGCCAUAAUUACGCUCCGCUUCAGAAAAUGAAAGCUUUUUUUCUCUGUCUCUCUCCACCGCACUAUUAUCGGCACACGUCCCAAUGCGGGUAUGAGCCAUGUCUGAAGCUCAUUAUCAUAAUCAUCAUCAUGGCUGCCACUUCGUACGGCGCACCGCUGGUGCUGCAAGGUCUGCGGCUUCCGACGCAUGGAGACGCGAACCUUUCCCGCUGUGCGCCGCCAGCUGUGCAACUGCCUCGGUGCGCAGAACCAGCGGCCCUCACUGCUGGCGCCAUAGGCGCCAUGUCAUACCCCGUGCGGCUGCAGUGCGCCCAGCCGCCGCUGACCGCAACGACGAAAGCGGAAGCGCCUCAAGGAACGGCAAGGCAGGACAAGUCCAGACGAGACAAGUGGACUGCGUCCGGACGAGCACCGCGUCGGGACUCGAAGUCUCGGCGCAGCCCGAAUCGGCGCAGCUCUCCGUCACGGUCGCCGACGCGGCCUACUGGCUCCAAGCUUCGGAAAGAUCGCAGCCACGGGGGCACACGACGGAAAACGAGCGGGUCGCCGUCCGCGAAGUGGCCAAAAGCUUUCGCUCGGAAAAAUGAGGUGUCCGCUUCGCCGAGGAGCCGGAAGCGUAGAACCGAUGCCUCGCCUCCUGGGCGCAACAUCCUGCAGGACUCCGGUCAUGCGCAUCAGAGGCGCAGCUCCACUUCUCCGCCCUGGCUCCUUCCGACCGAGAUGACCGCUCCGCUCGUCGGUCCUCCACUGCAGCCGCCGCAGCUGCCAUGUGCGCCGGCUACUACGUACGUCCCGUGCCACAAUCAAAAGUGCGAGAUGUUUCCCAAGUUUUCAGAAAUUCCGUGGGGCUCCAACUCGGUUCCGACGCACCGGCUUCCUACCCAUGAAUACAAAACUUUCCCGCCUCUUCCUGAACAAGCAGGACACCUGCCCCUGCCCCUGCAUGAAAGUACUAUGCCGCAAAUGAGCUACGCAGGUGACCCUCUGCCAGCACCUCCGUCGCCGUAUGGGACAGUCUACGGAUACAACGUAAGUGGGCAGCCUUUGGAGCCAGGUUACGGUCACUUUACUUCGCAAGGUCAGGCUGUUUAUCCGCCUGGAUCAGUGCCAAACGGGAUUCUACGCCAUUACGUUUCUCGAGCCAACGACGGCAGCCGCAGGUGGGAAAGCAAUUCGCUCGCUACAGCCAAGCGGAAGCCGAGUACUUCCAGCGCGAGCACCACCACAAGCGAGAUGUCCAGCGAGGCGGGUAAGUCGAAGAAGCCGACGGACAACACCAGGCUCGCCAUGUGCAUCGGAUGCGCCGGUUUGCUGGCCUUCCUGACACUGUACGUUUUGCUCAACAUUGCCGUAGGUGGUCGUCCUUCUGCUAACGACGGUGGACACCCGAUGACGGUUCGAGCGGAAGACGAGGUCGUCGUCGGAGCGUUGCACAGCUUUGACCCCAACCGACAGGAGGCACCGCAUUCACAGGCGAUGAACGCUCCGUCGGCAGGCAAUGCCGUGAUGUCGCGGCAUUCGAAAUUGCGCGCGGAGACAGAAAAUUCCGGCAAUAAACGUUCUAGAGGUUGAAAAUAGUGGACGUUUAGGUCAAGGUGCGCCAUAAAGUACGAAAGUGUACCUGUUAGAAAAUUA